AUGAUUUCUGACAUUGCAAGUCAGCCUCUCAGUGUGCCGUUGCUCAUCUCGGCCUCUGGUGCCCUUCUAUUCCUGUAUUACCUAGUCCCGGCCCUUCUCAGCCCGCUAGGUGAUGUCAAAGGGCCAGCUCUUGCGCGAUAUACUCGCCUCUGGGAACUGUACCAUAACUGGCAAGGCCAGCUGGAACAUGUCACAAUCGCCCUGCAUAAGAAAUAUGGCCCCAUCGUCCGGUUAGCACCCAAUCGAUACAGCAUUGGGGAUCCCUCCGCCAUCCGCACGAUCUAUGGCCCCGGUUCCAAAUUCAGCAAAUCCGAGUUUUACAAACCGUUUGGUGGUCCCUUCACGCACCACAGGGAUGUUUUCUCGGAGACUAGCAAUGACAAACACGCGGUCGAGCGGAGAAAGACAUCCAACAUGUACGCAAUGAGCUCGCUGGUAUCCUACGAGCCAUUCGUCGACAAGAUCAAUCGCGAAUUCAUAACUGCAUUGGAGAGUCAUGCAAAAAGCGGGAGGGAAUUUGACCUCUUCACUUGGAUGCAGUUCUAUGCAUUCGACGUCAUAGGCGAGAUCACCUUUGGCCAGUCGUUUGGCCUGGUCGGGGAGGGUAAGGAUGACAGCGGGCUUUUACAUGCUGCUCACGUUGCUUCCAUAGGAUACGGCUCGAUGGCGGGCCUUGUCCCCGAGAUUCAUCCAUUGUAUCUUUGGCUUCAGAAUGUUUUCCCAAUUGAGAGCUAUCUGAAGACCCUCCAGAGAGUGAUAGGACAGCAGAUUGCCGCCCGGAUGAAAGGAGAGAGCUCCAGCGACCGCAAGGACUUCUUGGCAAAAUGCAUUGAAUUGAACAAAGCUGGCAAGCUGGAACAUCUAACCAUGAAUAAUGUUAUUGGGGCGAACGUUGGCGCUGGCUCUGAUACUACUGGGAUAAGCCUGACGGCAGUCAUUUACUACCUGAUGAAGAACCCGCAUUGCCUGCAGAGGCUCCGCGAUGAAAUUGAUACAGCCGUCGAGGAAGGCAAUAUUUCGAGUCCAGCGACCUUUCAAGAAGGACAGAAGCUUCCAUACUUGCAAGCUUGCAUUAAGGAGGCAUUGAGACUGCAUGCGGCUGUGGGCCAGAUCCUGAGCAGAGUCGUUCCAGAGGGCGGUGCACAGCUCGCCGGUAGACAUUUUCCAAAGGGGACUGUGGUUGGCGUCAAUGCGUGGGUGGUCCAUCGCGAUGAAAGCAUCUGGGGCAAAGACGUGCACCAGUUUCGCCCAGAGCGAUGGCUGGUUUCGAAAGAGAAACUUGCCUUUUUAGAACAGCAUUUCCUGGCAUUUGGGGCUGGGGCAAGAACCUGCAUUGGCAAGAACAUCUCGCUUCUUGAAAUGACAAAACUGCUGCCACAGCUCGUGCGGAGGUUUGAUUUUGCCCCUGUGGAUGGUGCCGACUGGACAACGAGCAGUGGAUGGUUUGUCAAGCAAAAGAUUCAAGUCAGAGUCACUGAGCGAACGUAG